AUGGUUCAUCUGGCUACCGUUAAGAAGGACAACGAGGUCUUCCACCCCUCUUCUCGUCAGUUCGACUCUAUUGGUGCCGCUCCCACUCAGGAUGAUAUCUCCACCAAUGUCUAUGGUAGCCACUUUGCCGCAGACCACAUGUCCCAGCAUGAGAUGCCGGAGGGUGAAAUGCCUCGUCAGGUUGCUGCUCGUCUGAUCAAGGAUGAGCUGAGCUUGGAUGGUAACCCCAAGUUGAACUUGGCUUCUUUCGUGACUACUUACAUGGAAGAGGAGAUCGAGGAGAUUAUGACCGACUCCUUCAGCAAGAACUUCAUCGAUUAUGAAGAGUACCCCCACUCUGCCGAAAUCCAGAACCGCUGUGUCAACAUGAUUGCCCGUUUGUACAACUGCCCUACCGACGCCGAAUCUGAGAACGCCAUGGGUACCUCGACCAUUGGUUCUUCCGAGGCCAUCAUGCUGGCUACAUUGGCCAUGAAGAAGCGCUGGCAGAACAAGCGCAAGGCCGAGGGCAAGGAUUGGCACAACCCCAACAUUGUCAUGAGCAGUGCCGUCCAGGUUUGCUGGGAGAAGGCCGCUCGCUACUUCGAUAUCGAAGAGAAGUACGUCUACUGUACUGACACUCGCUUUGUAAUCGACCCCAAGCAGGCCGUUGACCUUGUGGAUGAGAACACCAUUGGUAUCUGUGCUAUCAUCGGAACCACCUAUACCGGUGAAUAUGAGGAUGUCAAGGGUAUCAACGACCUCCUCGUUGAGCGUAACAUCGACUGCCCUAUCCACGUUGACGCUGCUAGUGGUGGCUUCGUAGCUCCCUUUACUGUCCCCGAGUUGGAGUGGGACUUCCGUUUGCCAAAGGUUAUCUCUAUCAACGUUUCUGGACACAAGUACGGUCUCGUCUACCCCGGUGUUGGCUGGGUUGUCUGGCGUUCUCCCGAGUACCUUCCCCAAGAGCUGGUGUUCAAUAUCAACUACCUCGGUGCCGACCAGGCUAGUUUCACUCUGAACUUCUCCAAGGGUGCUGCCCAGGUCAUCGGCCAGUACUACCAGCUGAUCCGUCUCGGUAAGCACGGUUUCCGCUCGAUCAUGGUCAACUUGACCCGCAUCGCCGAUUAUAUGACCAGCGAGCUGGAAAAGCUUGGUAUGAUCAUUAUGAGUCAGCCCCGAGGCAAUGGUCUUCCUCUUGUCGCAUUCCGUCUACCUCCCAACAAGGACCGCGUGUACGACGAGUUCGCUAUUGCCCAUCAGCUUCGUGAGCGUGGCUGGAUUGUUCCCGCCUACACCAUGGCUCCUCACAGCGAGGAAUUGAAGCUGAUGCGUGUUGUUGUCCGCGAGGAUUUCAGCAUGAACCGCGCUGACAGUCUGAUGACUGAUCUCAAGCUGGCCUUGCAGACCCUAGAGGACAUGGACCAGUCCAUGAUGGCCAAGUACAAGGCUCAAAUACAGAGCCACCGUGCUCAUCCCCGCCACAAGCACACUCACCACGCCUACCAUGGCGAGAAGCACUCUCUGCAGGGUAAGACCGGCAAGAGCCACCCAGUGUGCUAG